AUGUCGUCAAUGUCUCUGCGAAAACGCCAAUGGAGUUCCCGCUCUGGUUGUUCGCGCAUUAUGGACUACGUUGGUCCGCUUUCUGAGCGUGGCAGGCCAUUGAUCAUGAUCGAUGGCUGUCCACCUGACGGUAUCAUCUGUACGACAGUCAAAAAGAAGCGAUACUUCUUGAUCCAACGCGUUGACUACUUCUCCCCACUGUGCGAAUACAAACGCCUACGACAUAAAGACCCUCACCCUGUCGCAUUUGAACUCAUGUUCUCCACCGAAACAGCGCCAGAUGCUGGCGUCGGUGCAUGGGUGCCGAAAGUGGAGGAAGACCGGGAAAACGUUGCAGCGCAGGAUAUGACUGGAAGCAACAGUCCUUCGUUGCAGCCUCACCCUUUUUAUACACGCUUAGAGGCCAUGGAGAAGGCGGUUGUACGGCUGGACAACACACUUACUAUCGAGAGAAUUGCGAUGGAUGUUGAGCGAGAGAAACGCGAGAACUACAUCCAUACAUUGCAGACGAAGCUGGAAGCAUAUGAGUCUCUUCAUAAGACAUACGAAACUACCACAGCACGCGUGAAGGAGCUUGAGAGCGGACUGGACCACUUCAAAGACGACCAUGCGGCGUCGGUGAACGGGAUGCUCACGAGUUCAUGGACGCACGGGCAACGCAUCAAGGAAGUCGCAUCAGCAUCUCAGGCUGGCCUGUUGAAGUUGAACGAAGCAGUUUCUGCCGUGCUCAAAGAUCUUGACGACAAAAUCAAGACUCAAAUCAACGAAGCCGUUUCGAAUGCCAUCGCGAAGGUCAUGGAUAAGGUAGCUGGCAUAAAGGUGGAAAUCUCUACUGAGACAUCCGCCUUAAUCUGUCAUCAAGCUUCCUUGGUGGAAGAAAAGAACAAGAAAAUUUUGUCAGCGGCCACGUUGCCACUUACUAAGCAACUCUCCGAGAUACAAAACGAGGUCAUCAAACUGAACGCCAAUGCAAAGAUGGUUACCGACACAGCGUGGCAGCUGAACCUCCUGCGAACGGAUGUUGAAGCGAUCCAGACUUGGAUGAAGGAGCUCGAAGAGGCGAUACAGGCCAGUAAGAAGAAAACGAACCUUCUCACGACUCAGAUAAACGGGAUAGACGAGAAUGUCGAUGGUUUUAUUGAAAGAGCGUCCUCCAAUCCAGUAGACCAGCUGCAAGCCUUUCACCAACUUUCUGAACGUAUGGAAGAGUUAACCACUGCUUCCCAGCCUACGACGACGCACGAUCAUCCCGAGGUUCUCACAUCUCCUGGCUAUAUUACGGUUGCGCCCGGACAGGCAGUGGAGAGCGCUACCAUGGACAAUAGUUUGUGGCUGGCUUCCCGAGACAAGAUCAAGGAGAGCGAAAUGGCCCUUGACGUCGAGCGCAGUGCGAACGUGGAUCUACAUAUGGAUCAAGAAAAACUCGAGCAGACGGUCCGGAAACUUGAAGUAACUCAGAACAACACUAUCGAGCGGAUAGCUAAAAUAGAACAAUUGCUCUUGACCUUCGGACGCGCUCUGGAUCAGUCUGACCCCACCUUAUCGAGCUCACGUGCAGAAUAUGAAGUUCUAAAGCCGCGAAUUGAUGGAUUGGACGAGGAGAUGCGUCUUUUGACAAGCGAGAGAAGCGAAUUCCACGAAAUCCUUGAGAACCUUUCAGCGAAGUACGACACUCUGUCUCCCCUGGUGGCCCAGCAUACGAUCGACCCAGAACGGCUCAUAGGAAGGACGGAGGCUUUGGAACAAAAGGAAGAGCGCCCGAGUACCCUCCUUGCCGCAACUCAACAGGAUCCCACAUCUUCCCGUGAAACGCCCAUGACAUCCUCCCACGACAUUGAUCACGCAAUUAUGAGAAGCGCUGAAGAGAGGUGCCGGAAGAUUGCGGACCAGGUUCAACAAGACAGGACCAGGACAAGGUCGAAAGAGAUUGGUUUAACAGGUUCUUCGGGAGACCAUGCGAGGGCUAAACGGAAACGAACCCAUAUGAAUGAACUGGCCGAAAGCAAGAGAAGCAGGUUGGUUGAAGAGCUCUUUUUCCUCGCGUCGUUCCCAAAGCCGUAA